AUGGUCGACCGUGAGCGAGAUAGAGAUGGAGAUAGAGAUAGAGAUAGAGAUAGAGACAGAGACAGAGACAGAGAGUAUGUUGGAGCGUUGCAACGCUGUUACGCAGCUGGCCCUCAAGCUGUCUCUUAUACACAUCUAGAUGUGUAUAAGAGACAGCAAGAAGAUCGUGAACGUGAAAGGGAGCGUGGUCGGAGUAAAAGGUCACACACUCCCGACCGCGCCAGAUCCCGCCACACACGCUCUCGCACCCGCUCACCGGACCGGCACCGUUCGCGGUCUCUUUCUCGUACCCCUGAGGAACGCUCACAUCGCCGCCGCCAUCGUUCGCCCUCCCCGGAUCAUGCUCGGAAGCGUCAUCGACGGGAUUUGACUGCCGACGAUGAAAGGGAGCGGCAGAAAGCAGUUUCUGACUUCGUUGAUGGCAUUGCGAAGGAGCAGCACAAGCAGAAGAAUAAUAAAGAUAGCGUUGGUGGCGGAGAAGUAGUGGAGGAGGCCAUGGCUGACGAGGAUGAAAUUGAAAUGAUGAAGAAAUUAGGUAUUCCCGUGGGUUUCGAUUCGACCAAGGGCAAACCUGUCCCAGGUGCUGAUGUGAGUGGCGUUAGGGUAGUUACCAAGAGACAGCCUAGGCAGUACAUGAAUCGUCGUGGCGGGUUCAACCGGCCGUUGCCGGCCGAGCGGACCCGGUAGCUAAUUGAUUUGGCUAGGUCACCGAGUGCAGCAACCAAGACUGACACUAUUCCUGAGAUAUCAUUGAGCGGUGGGAGAUGCAUGCAGAUCGGACUAUUGUGAUGUGCUCGAGAAUAUUCUGGAUGGGGUUUACUAGACUUCGCUGGAGAGCCCAGAUGAAGUCUCCAGCCGAUCUAUUUUCUGUAUGUAAGAUUGUAUUCACGAAACCUUGCAAGUCGUGCUGAGUUGAUUGAUUGAUACUCUGUAGACAUUGUUCGAAUAUAGAACGAGGAAUAUUUUUUUUUCCUAUUGUAGAAAUUGGAGGAUUUUCCCUAUUGCAUAUUUUUCCUAUUUUGGUAUUCACAACCUUGUCAUUUUCAUCUAUCAGCUCAGUAGAAAAUGGAUGGUGCUUUGACAGACUGAAUUUAAACCAAUUGAAUUGAAGUUGGUACCCCAACUUAAGACUAGUUGCUUUUCACGUAGUGUUGUUGAUGGUCCAAGGCCCGCUGUGGUGCGGACACUGAGAAUCCUUACAGUCAGUUACAGCAAACAAAUGCGAUCGCUUUACAACAGUAGUGAUGAUGCCAAGUUGAAACCAAGGCCACUGUGCCUGGUGCUUGUCAUAGAAUGCAUACCCCAACGUAUACUAAUAAUAUUGGUUAUUUGUUUCGGAACAA